AUGAUCAUCAUCAUCGAUAUAAUCAAAAUAAUCAUCAUCACCAUAAUCAUCAUCAUCAUCCCCAUCAUCAUCAUCAUCAUCCCCAUCAUCAUCACCACCACCACCAUCAUCAUCAUCAUCCCCAUCAUCAUCAUCAUUCCCAUCAUCAUCAUCCUCAUCAUCAUCGCUAUAAUCAAAAUCAUCAUCCUCAUCAUCAUCGCUAUAAUCAAAAUCAUCAUCAUCAUCCCCAUCAUCAUCAUCGCUAUGAUCAAAAUCAUCAUUAUCAUCAUUCCCAUCAUCAUCAUCAUCAUCCCCAUCAUCAUCAUCAUCAUCCCCAUCAUCACUAUCAUCCCCAUCAUCAUCAUCAUCCCCAUCAUCAUCAUCCUCAUCAUCAUCCCCAUCAUCAUCAUCAUUAUCAUCCCCAUCAUCAUCACCACCACCAUCAUCAUCAUCAUCCCCAUCAUCAUUAUCAUCCCCAUCAUCAUCAUCAUCCCCAUCAUCAUCAUCAUUAUCAUCAUCCCCAUCAUCACCACCACCAUCAUCAUCAUCAUCCCCAUCAUCAUCAUCAUCAUCGCUAUAAUCAAAAUCAUCACCAUCAUCAUUCCCAUCAUCAUCAUCAUCAUCAUCCCCAUCAUCAUCAUCAUCAUCCUCAUCCCCAUCAUCGCUAUCAUCAUCCUCAUCAUCACCAUCAUCAUCCUCAUCAGUCCCUGCUUUUGUGCUUUUGAGACGGUAUCCGCUCGUCAGCAUGCUCGCGCUCCCAUGACCUGUGCUAACCCUUCCUCACCCACUCGGGCUCCUCCCAUGACCUGUGCUAACCCUUCCUCACCCACUCGGGCUCCUCCCAUGACCUGUGCUAACCCUUCCUCACCCACUCGGGCUCCUCCCAUGACCUGUGCUCACCCUUCCUCACCCACUCGGGCUCCUCCCAUGACCUGUGCUAACCCUUCCUCACCCACUCGGGCUCCUCCCAUGACCUGUGCUAACCCUUCCUCACCCACUCGGGCUCCUCCCAUGACCUGUGCUCACCCUUCCUCACCCACUCGGGCUCCUCCCAUGACCAAUAAUAAUAAAGGUUUUAUUGUGCAUUGGUAA